AGACCGGUCCUCCCAUUCAUAAGCAAGGAUGAGACAGCCUGCCUCUCAGCUGUACUGGUGAGAGCAGACAGGAGGGACCUUGUUCGGGCUGACGCUUCUCCAGACCAGGUGAAGUAGUGACGCAGGCAGAACUCCACUGAACAUCACGACAAGACUUUUAAUCUGGGUUUGUGCACCUGGAAUGGAAGCCUAAGGCCCUCGCCAGGACCCCCGCCUCAUGACCUCCCGAAGACACUAUUCUCUGCCACGAACUCUAAUGACUCCUCGCUUGUAUUCCGAAGGGGCCCUGGGCGGCAUUGCCCAGAUCACCCCCUUCCUGUACAUCAGCAAGGGAAGCGUGGCCGCCAACCGGCAGCUCCUUCUGGCUCGUGGGAUCACUUGCAUUGUCAACGCCACCAUUGAGCUCCCCAAUUACAACUUCCCCGAGUUCGAGUACAUCAAAGUGCCUGUGGCGGACAUGCCAAACGCCCCCAUCUCCCUGUACUUUGACAGCGUGGCUGACAAGAUCCAGAGCGUGGCACGGAAGCACGGCGUCACCCUGGUCCACUGCGCGGCCGGCGUCAGCCGAUCGGCCACCCUCUGCAUCGCCUACCUUAUGAAGUACCAGAACGUCAGCCUGUAUGAGGCCUACAACUGGGUGAAGUCGAGACGCCCAGUCAUACAUCCCAAUGUGGGCUUCUGGAGACAGCUCAUAGACUACGAACGAAAGCUGUACGGGAGGAACACCGUUAAAAUGGUACAGACUCCGUACGGCAUUAUGCCGGAUGUUUACAUGAGGGAAAGAAGAACCUUCGUGCCUUACUGGGGGAUUUGAAGGGAGCGAACAAGGAGCAGAAGGGAAUGAGAUGCUGCAAGAGCGUCAGCCAUCUCUGUCUGUGGUCCACUUCAGUUCCUUUUCAAGACAGCCGAACCUCCAAUGCAUUUUUGUUCAAAGCACUAAACCAGCAACCCCCAUAAUUGGGGAGGCCUUAACCCUAUAUGUCCCAUGGAGAUAACUUUGCUGCUACUUUGGCAAAGAUGUCCAGCAUCCACAAAACAAACCCGCAAGCCCAGUUCACAACAAUAUACAUCGAUGAAGCCAAGCACACUAAAACGGCGGAAGACGUGAACCAAAUAUUGUUUGGCAAUGCGGACACUUUCUCUUCUCAUUUCUUCUCCCUUGUAACAGCAGUUUGUUGGCAAAAAGUCUCAGCAGGAGAAGAGUGACCAUUUCCUUUUUUUUCCAGAGGAAAGCUUACUCUUUAAUGUUCGGUUUUUAAAAGAUAUAUACAGUGACGGUCGACAUCCAAACCCAGAGAAGUAAUAUGCUCUUGAAGGUUUAUUUUGAAGUUUUAUAGAGAGAUUUAUCCAGAGACAUUUUCCAUGCCCUUUUGGGGAAUUUAAUAGCUAGGGCUUUACUUUAAUUUUUGGGGAAGAAAAUAUUAACCAGACAAUCUGCCACAAAUAAAAUAAUUUAGACAACGAA